AUGAGGAAACCACAGCCGCGCACCAUUGAUAUAUUUGCACUACAGUGUGGAAGCUGCAAAAAGUGGAGGGUGAUACCUACACAAGAAGAGUUUGAGGACAUCAGAAGCACAUUCAUAGAGAACCCAUUUUUCUGCAACAAGAAACCUGGUGUUUCUUGUGAUGAUCCUACUGAUAUAGAAUAUGACUCCACAAGAACUUGGGUCAUGGACAAGCCAAACUUACCAAAAACCCCAGAGGGGUUUCAAAGAAAAUUAAAUCUCAGAAAAGAUUUCUCUAAGUUGGAUGCUACCUAUAUCACUCCAACUGGGAAGAAAGUGAGAUCAUCUACAGAAAUAUCACAAUUCCUGAAGGAAAACCCGGAGUACAAAGAUUUGUCUGUUUCAGACUUCAGUUUUACUUCUCCAAAAGUAAUGCAGGAUACCAUUCCUGAUGAUCUUAAGAUGAAGGGCUCAGCUAGUGGUGGAAAAAGAAUUAAAUUGUCUAAGGAAGAUGAUGUUUGA